GAAACCCGAACUUUACACCUGCAUACUGCAUCCCAAAGCGGCUGUAGCUCUCCGUGCAGAGCAGCUGUCUUUGCCGGCGAGCGCACAAACCAUGCAGACAACCAUCACCGCACAGGCCCUGCUGCCUGCGCAGCAGCGGGUACAGCGGCCCACGAUGCGGGUGCAGCACCGGCAGACUGCAUGCCUGGGCCCCCAGGUGUCUGGCAUGGCCGUGGCGCACCGCCGCGCCAGGCGCGCCGCAGCCCCCAGGAGUGCCAGCCUGCAAGUCGUGGCUGUGGCCUCCGACGCCCCCAAGCCCACCAUCCUGGUGGCGGAGAAGCUGGGUGCUGGCGGCGUGGAGAUGUUGAAGGAGGUGGGCACCGUGGACUGCAGCUACGACAUGACCAACGACGAGCUGCUGGCCAAGAUCAGCCUGGUGGACGCAAUCGUCAUCCGCUCCGCCACCAAGGUCACCCGCGAGGUGUUUGAGGCCUCCAAGGGCCGCCUCAAGGUGGUGGGCCGCGCCGGGGUGGGCAUCGACAACGUCGACCUCGCAGCCGCCUCGGAGAUGGGCUGCCUGGUGGUGAACGCUCCCACCGCCAACACCGUGGCCGCCGCCGAGCACGGCAUUGCGCUGCUGUGCGCCCUGGCCCGCAACGUGCCCCAGGCUGACGCCGCCAUGAAGGGCGGCCGGUGGGAGCGCAGCAAGUGGGUGGGCGUCAGCAUGGUGGGCAAGACGCUGGCGGUGAUGGGCUUUGGAAAGGUCGGGUCUGAGGUGGCACGCCGCGCCAAGGGCCUGGGCAUGGCUGUGGUGGCUUACGACCCGUACGCCUCCCAGGAGAAGGCGGCAGCGCUGGGCGUGAAGCUGGUGACCCUGGACGAGGCGCUGGCGCAGGGCGACUUCUUCUCGCUGCACACCCCGCUGACGCCCAACACCAAGGGCAUGUUCAACGACGAGCUCUUCGCAAAGAUGAAGAAGGGCGCCCGCAUCGUGAAUGUGGCGCGCGGCGGCGUGAUUGACGACGACGCGCUCAAGCGCGCGCUGGAUGCCGGCAUCGUGGCCGGGGCUGCGCUUGAUGUGUUCUCUACCGAGCCGCCGCCGGAGGACAACCCGCUGGUUAGCCACCCGGCCGUCAUCUGCACCCCCCACCUGGGCGCCUCCACCAAGGAGGCGCAGGAGGAGGUUGCGUACGAGAUUGCAGAAGCCGUCAUCUCUGCCCUCAACGGCGAGCUGACCCCCAGCUGCGUCAACGCCCCCAUGGUGGCCCCCGAGGUCCUCAAGGAGCUGCAGCCAUUUGUGGCGCUGGCCGACGGGCUGGGACGCGCGGCGGUGCAGUUGGUGCAGGACUCGGGCUUCGCCGACGUCUUCAUCACCUACCACUCCCCCCGCGGCGACGACCUGGACACCCGCCUGCUGCGCGCCAUGGUGGUCAAGGGCAUGCUGGAGCAGAUCACCACCAGCCAGGUCAACCUGGUCAAUGCUGACUUGCUGGCCAAGAAGCGCGGCCUGCGCAUCGUGGAGACCGUGGUGCCCUCUGACGGCACCUCUGCCCUGUCGCUCAUCGAGGUGGCCGUGGGCGCCUCCAAGUCCAAGUUCAGCAGCGCGGUGGUGGGGGACCGCAUCGUAGUGGCGGGCGAGGUGAAGAGCGGGCUGCCCUUCCUCACGCGCGUGGGCGGCUUCGACGUUGACCUGGCCCUCGAGGGCGAGGUGGUGCUGGUGCGCCAGACCGACCAGCCCGGCAUCAUUGCCGCCGUCUCCUCUGAGUUUGCGGCCAGCAAGGUCAACAUCUCCUUUAUGACUGUCUCACGGGUGGCCAAGGGCACUGAGGCCAUCAUGGCCAUCGGCGUGGACGAGGCGCCCUCCGCAGCGGUCAUGGAUGCCAUUUCCAAGAUCAAGGGCGUGCAGGAGGUGACGCUCUUCUCGGAGAAGCGCGCCGCGUGAGGCGCCCCGCCGCGCCCCGCCAGCUAGCCAGCCGACAUCCCAGAGGUCCGCCCUGCAAUGCUUGCUGCAGGCAGCGACGGGCCCUGCGCUGCGCUUGGGUGUACUCCCUCCGCCCUGCUGCCCCAUUUAGAGUUUGUAUUGGCACGAUGCGCCCCUUUGUUACUCUCUCCUGCCCCCCCUCGUCCCUGCUGUUUUGGCACCGGAACUGCGCUUCUUUUCCCCGCCUGCUUUCCUCUCCUCGCUGCAACGCGUGCCUCGUGCGCUGUCGAUUUAUGUCUGCAAUGCCACCACCAAAGAGGAGUGCUGCCCUGUGUUGUGUGGCCAGCUUACGUACAUCGCAUGUGACUGCCGGCGCCGGCGCCGCCGCUGCCCGCUAUCAUUUUUGACGCAUGCAUGCAAAAGACUGGCAUGCCGCAACGACAAACAGAUGUGAUCAUUGUUAUGUGACGUCUCUCCAUUUGC